UUUUAAAUUUUAGGGCAAAAGUAAUUCUUGAAAACCAAUUGUUGUCCUGUUAUUUUUAUUUUUUUUCCAUCAAAAGAUUCAUACAUGUCUUGACACAAAAUAAAAACACCACAAACUCAUAAAAUUCCCAUGGAGUACGCAGCAGCAGCAUAUCCUCAAAUGCAUCAAAAUCAAAAUGCAAACCCUAACCCACCGCAGCCACAGCCACAACCACAACCACACCCAAUCUCUACUUCUUUAUACUCUUCUUAUUACUAUCCUCCUGCUGCUGCUGCUGAUCCCCAAAACCAGCACAUUACUACUCAAUUCUACACCGCUGACCCCACUACCAGUCUUACGCCUCCUGGGGUUGACUCCUACACUAACUACCCACAUCUUGCCUACUGUUUCGAUCCCAAUUCCAAUACUUGGGUUGCUAAGGAAGCUGUUCGGCAAUAUGGGUCUGCUCCUGCUUCCUUUCCUGCUCCUGUUAGCAACACUAUACCUCCAAAUGGCACAGAGCAGUUGGCCGUUUCACAUCUGGACUCAACUAUGUGGGCCAAUCUUACAUUUCUUGCCCAAGGAAAUAGCACUCAGAAGAAGCAACAGAAGAAAACACAGCAAAAGAAAACGAAGGUUGUUCAAUCUGCAUAUUGUGAAGUUUGUAAGGUGGACUGCAACAGCAAGGAUGUACUUGACCAGCAUAAACUAGGAAAGAAGCAUAAGAAAAACUUGGAGAAAUUACAAGCAGCUGCUGCUGGCUGCAGUGUCUCAGCAGGAUCAAGCAAUCCAGUUAUUGGGCCACAAGAAAACCCCAGUAAGAGUGAAAAUGGAAAUGGGCAAAAGAUUAAGAAGAAGGCCGCAGAACCUUUGGAAGAUUUGGAUUCGAAGAGAAGAAGAAUUCUUGAGGGUGGAGCAGCAGCAGAUGCAGUCAGGGUAUGUUCGUUUUGUAAUGUGGUGUGCAACAGUGAUACAGUGUUCAAUUCUCAUCUUGCUGGACAAAAGCAUGCUGCUAUGCUGAAAAAGCUUGCUGGAAUGAGAAUGGCCACUGCCCUAUAAAUAUAAGAUAAUCAGAAUGAAUGGAUUGGACACACCUAGUGCUUUCCUUUUGGUUGCUUUUCCGGUAUAUUCUUGUUCUAUUAACAUACGUAGCCAUUUUGUCUUUUCUGUUAGAGAACCACCUCCACAGGUAAAUGUUUUUGAUAAAUGGCGGGGAGAGUUGGCAUUCAUCAUCUCUAGGACUUUUUGAGGAGCACUGCUUACUUCGCUAGGCAUAAUAUUGUUUUCCAAAUUUCUGGAUGUUCAUCUCCAUUGAAGCACAACGAGCCAACAGUAUUUCCUACAAGCACACAGCCAUUCUAUCAAUCUUAUCCUUUGAACUGACUGUUUUGGAAAUGCAAUGUAUCUAUGAAAUUGAAGGAUCUGUAA